ACAUUUCUCCUAACCUAACUUUUUAAGCAUGCGAAUGUAAACAAAUACCAAAAAAAUUCAGGAAAUAUGAAUUACAACUACGUUAUUAUUAGAGAAUGUAAUCCUGGUGAUAAUAUAAGUGUCAACGAGCUUGUUCGAAAUGCCUAUUUGUCAAAUGUUUCCUACUCUUGGUGGAAUGCAAUCACUAAAGAAAUAACAUUCCAGCUCAUUGUACUAUCAGCCGCUGUGAUGUUUAUUUUCAUGGGUGUUCCACUACCCUAUUGUGUUCUGUCCGUUCCAUUUGUAUUAAUUUUAAUAUACCUUUCUAUAUAUAGUUCUCUUUUAAUGAAAGCUAUGGAAGUGACGAGUUCUAAAAGACCUGUAAUGUCUUGGGUUGCAGAAGUGUAUGAACCUUAUUUUAAUGCCAACAGUCCUGAGAAGUGUAGUUACAAGAUUAUUGAUGAAAAUAGACUAAUGUAUGAAAAUUUCGAAGUUAAAAAGUAUAGGAGAAGGAUUAUAGGAACAGUAGCAGUAUCAAGACAUAUACAGGAUGAGGAUGUAGCAUGGCUUUUUAAAUUAGCAGUUGAAUCGAGGUACAGACGAAAGGGCAUUGGACAUUGCCUAAUUCAAGUGGUUCAGAAUUGGUCAAGAAGAAAUCAUUACAAUUCCAUUCAAUUGGCUAUUUCAGAGUGUCAAGAAUAUGCCCGUCAAUUGUUUACAGAUUGCCAGUUUGAUGUUAAACAACUUUACCAUAAGCCAAUAUUUGGGAACGCACUUGCAUUACAAAUGUAUCAUUUAGAGGCCAAACUUGAUAAACCUAAUAUUUAGUUUUCUAAUUGUAAUGGCUCUAUUUCAAUUUUAAUGUAAUUUUAUCUGGUCUGAAUAAUACUUUUUG